AUGACGGAUCAGCCCAAAAAAAGGCGCGCAACGGUUAGUGGUCCGACAGGCUCCGACAGGAAGAAACCCCGGCGCACAAAGCCGGAAAACAGCACCUCGGAUGAGCCCAUUGUGCUCGACCAGAUCCCCAGUCACCCGCCAUCUCCAGCUCUGCCGAGAUCCACCCGAGCUACCGCUCCAGCUCCAGCUCCAGCUGCUCGCCGCGCCGCUCCUACUGCUCCCCCGCUGAUCUCCACCGGGUCCGUGGUCGCAACCUACUCGCCCUGUCUUCGGUGCGUCAAGAAAUGGACCGAGGACGACUCGACCAUCUGCCACCGCGACGCUGCCCUCGGGAAGUGUCGUUCGUGCAGCCGAGCCGGCGCAGAAUGCAGCGCGCUUCCGAAUCACUUUUACGGCCCGCUCUCUGUCGCGCAGAAACUCACUGGUCGUGCUCGACGGAGAGCCUGUGCUGGGAUCAAGGAUGCUCUGGAGGCGUAUGAGCGCAAGAAUGAAGAGGAAAUACCUAACAAGGAAAAUGCUGGAUCUGGAUCGUCGGCGCAGGAGAGGGGCGAGAUGUUGAAGGCGAUCCGGUCGUUGAAUAAGAAUGUGUUUCGGUUGAUGAAUACCAUUCGGGAAGUUCGUGGGAUGGAGCUCAUCUCUGACGAGGAGACUUGA